GCUGGACCAACCCCAGCAGCCUGCAGAGGACGAACCGCUCCGGCGACACCUGCAAACAAACUCCAAACCGAGUCUUCGGCGAAGCGUGACGACGCACGAAGCUGAAACGGCUCACUCGGAGUAAAAGGCAUGGACGAGUAUCUGUAGUUUGUAAGCGUGGAAGAGAGCAAAAGAAACAUAUUUUGAACCGUAAAAGUCGUGUUUCUGUUCGGAGCGAGUGCUGGGAGACAGACGACAGCAGGCGUCUGGUGGAUGGGGAGAAAAUGGAGUUAAACAGAAGAGAGGUGCCUUUAUACGGACAAGUGGAGGCCCGUGCAAGGUUACAAACCAGAGCUCCUGAAAAUGCAGAGUUUUAUGUUGUUGUGCAAGGCUCUAGGCUUACACAUGUGACGACAGCAAAAAGAGUCGAUGAUGGGCUGACUCUUUGCUUCACAGUUCCAGGCCACGACCUUGUUGAAAUUGUCUCUGUCACAUGCUGCGUGUACAUACAGGACCAAGUCGAGCCACGUGAGGGUGAAGCCUCUCUUGAAUACCUCAGUGACGUGGCCCAGGAAGCAGCAGAGUACUUAAAUGCAAACAGGGCGCAGCUUGACCCCCAGAGCUACCUAGAAGUCCUGAAGAGGUUUCCUGUGUUGAUGCAAACAGCUAAUGAGGAGCUCUGUGCUGGACAGUUGGGUCACAAUGAGCAGGAGGUGCAGCUCGGACGAAGUUCAGGCAAUGACGUUGAUUUGAGGCUGAUGGAUGAGACGAUCACACAGGCUCUGGCUAACAUGGAUUACCCUCAUCAGUGGAAAACCCCUGACAGUCAGCCGAGAGAAGCUCCUGAACUUCACCCCAAAGAAACCCUCCUUCACCUUGCAGUGCGCUUGGGUUUGGUCCACCUCGCUCGUUUCCUAAUUCACCAACCGAGAGGUCAGAGGACGUUGACUUUACCCAACGAGGAAGGACACACUCCCCUCCAGCUGGCCCAGAAGGAUGGACAGCACGACAUGUUCAGGAUGCUGGCAGCUCCUCCAGGUCCCGGAGUCGGUCCUGUUCCUGCUGCGUGCUGCGUUUGGUCCGACAGCUCCUCCAUGCUACGAUACUGUCCUGGAACAGACUCUCUGACCCUCACUGUGCACCAGGCUUCUGGUUGCUGCCCUCAAGACCUUGUCAUAGCUUUGCGAGACAGACUGGGAGACCACAGCGUCAUCAAACUGAUCAGUGUGCUCAAAGCUGAUACUGACGUAGACAAGAGGGAAAAUGAAGGUCUCCUGAGUGAUAAAGGCAUCAGUAAGGAGCUCCAUGUGGACGAGCACGUUCUGGUGGACAAUGUUUUUGAGGAACAACUUGUUCUGUCUUUGGAUGACGACGAUGAUGAAGAAGAGCACCCAUCGUUAUUGUCUGUAAAUGGGCAUCCAAUGCAGGCCAGUGCAGUCCAGAGCCAGAUCACCCAGCAGGCCACAGACCCUCUGCUCUCCAUGAACAACAACAAUCAGAGCAUCACACAGCAGACGCAGGCGGAGGAUGUUAAAUACGGGGUCGGUGGCGUGACCAGCGGCAGUACAGGGACGGAUGGUGGCUUAUGGGACACUCUGGACUCAGAGGAUCUUCUUCUAGCCACUGACACCCCUCCACCAUAUUCAGAAGACUUCUACUCUCCUUCUGGGACCUGCUCUCUCCCUCUCUCACCCGUUAUCCAGGCCCUCACCAGGAUCACCCGUCCCACCUUGUCCGAGGCGAUCGAUCAGAGAGACAGUCUGCCAAUGGACACUUGCGACCUCAGUCCCAGUCUGGUGGCUCUGGAAGUGGACAGUGAAGAAGAAAGCACCGAGCCAAAGUCUCCUCUUUCCCCGAUCUCAUCAGACGUUGAGAAAAGCGAAGACAAAAAGGAAACCUUUCGUCCCUCUCCUGAUCUCACUUGCACUCGCAGCCAGUCAGCCUCAGCAUGUGAACCCACCUCAGACGAGCUGGGUGACCAGGGAAUUCGAUUGCGCUCCUAUUCCUACUCUUCCUCCAAAAUCAGCUUGCGUCCUGCUCGUUUUGCUCGAGACAACCACACCUCAGACAUCAGUCCUGAUGCCGUCCUCCACAGUGUCAGCCACAGCCGAUCUCUCCUUCAGGCCCUCUCUCUGUCUAAAUCUCUGUCUCUGCUCCACCCUGGUAAGCAAAGAGCCUCCAGUAUAUCAGAUCAGCCUCAUGAGAAAAGGGAGAUUAAGUUCCGUCAGAGAGCCCAGUCUGCUGAUGACGAGGGCAGCAUGGAGCUGGCAGAGUCACUCCAACAUCUCACCCUGUCUGAGUUUCUCAAAGAGAUUGAAGAGGAGGAGUUGGACAAAUACAGCAUCCCAACUAAGGCAGAGUCAGAAAAGUACAAAGUCAUUCGUACCUUCAGUUUUCUCAAGAGCAGGAUGUCCAGCACACGCAACAAAACCAAGGGGAAAGGGAAGGACAGAGAAGCAAAGGACAGGCAGCUGAAUGGACACCGGUUUGCAACAGGCUCCUGUUUAGGCCCCACAGUGUGUGUGGUGUGUGACAAGCCGGCCUCUGGAAAGGACCUUCUGCAUUGCUCCAGUUGCACUGCCAUUGUUCAUAAGGGCUGUAAGGACUCUCUGCCCCCAUGUUUGAAGAAACUUCAGGAUAAAUAUGCCAUGACCGUGGUGAAGAACAGAACAGCAUCCCUCCCACAAAACUUCACAGUGAGAGACAGUUCUCCUCAGUCCAUCAUCCCUGUUUCUACCUCUCUACCUGUCAUGACCCCAAAGGAGAGGAAGGACACAGUGACCCAGCCAGGUUCUCUCUCUGGAAGUUUCCCCAACAGUGACAGCCGGCUAAGUGAGAGUUCAGAGACAGAGUCCGAUGCCGUGAAGCUGGCCAGCCAAUCAGAGGAGCUCCUGUCGACGCCGGUGUCCUCCACGUCCACCGACUCAUCCUUCGGGGAGGACUCUGUGGACUCGUAUAUCCACAGUGACAUCUCAGCUGAUUCCGUGGAUUACCAGGCUGAGUCGUGGAGUUUGACGGUGGAGCACAAGUUCUGCAAGAAGCAGGACAAACGAGCUGUCAAGAGGCAGGAUGUUAUCUAUGAGCUGAUGCAGACUGAGCUCCACCACCUACAGACUCUACACAUCAUGGCCGAGGUUUUUCGGCGAGGUAUGAAGGAAGAAGUGCAGCUGGACACCGAGGCGGUGGAGCGGGUCUUCCCCUGCCUGGACCAGCUGCUGCUCUUCCACCACGGGUUCUUUGCCGCCAUGAAGGAACGGCGGCACAAUUCAGCGCAGCCCCUGGGACAUAGAAACUACCUCAUCCAGCGAAUAGGAGACGUCUUGCUCCAGCAGUUUUCAGAGGAGAAUGGGGAAAAAAUGAAGCAGGUCUACGGAGAAUUCUGCAGUAGACAUAAUGAAGCAGUCAACUUUUUCAAAGAGCUCCAGCAGCAUAAUAAGAGAUUUCAGAGCUUCAUUAAGCAACAAGGUAGUAAUUCUUUGGUGAGACGGAGGGAGAUUCCAGCGUGCAUCUUGCUGGUAACCCAGAGGAUUACUAAGUACCCAGUGCUGCUGGAGAGGAUCCUACAACAUACGCAAGAGGAAACCGAGGAGCAUACAGACCUUUCUAAAGCUCUGGCUCAGAUUCGAGAGGUGAUAGCAGCUGUGGACCUCAGAGUCAGUAAAUAUGAACAGCACCAGAGGUUGCAGGAAGUGUGGCAGCGCAUAGAGAAUCGCAGCUCGGCCAAGCUGAAGAACGGACAUACCUUCCGCAAGCAAGACAUAAUGAGACCGGGACAAGAACUCAAACACCAGGGCCUCCUGCUGUGGAAAACUGCCGCUGGUCGGCUUAAAGAUGUCCUGGCGCUCCUCCUCACAGACACACUCAUCUUCCUGCAAGAAAAAGACCAGAAGUACACAUUUGCCACUGUGGACCAGAAGCCUCCAGUCAUUGCCCUGCAGAAGUUAAUAGUUCGGGAAGUGGCGAAUGAAGAGCGGGGGAUGUUUUUGAUCAGCGCUUCAGCUGCCGGGCCAGAAAUGUACGAGGUCCACACGUCGUCCAAAGAGGAACGAAACACCUGGAUGAGGCUCAUUAGAGAGGCUGUAGAAAGCUGUCCGGAGGAAGAGGAGGAAUACACAAGUGAAUCCGAAGAGGAGAAGCGAGCUGCUGAGGCUCGCUUCCAGAAGAUCCAGAAGUUACAAGAGAGUUUGACCAUCCAGGACCAGCAGAUCUGCUCUAACCUGGAGGAGAAGCUGCAGAUCUAUGCUGAACUCUCUGCUCUGAGUGGGAGGACGUAUGCUUCGCUAGUUGAACCGCGACUGCUGGUCCAGCCGCACUCAGAGGAGCUUCCUCAGGCUGCUGUGCUGCUGGCUGCAGCUCUGCAAGAGGCUGAGAACCUGAAGGCCACAUUGUCAUCCAAGGCUUGUUCUCCAUCAAGUGGCAUCGAGGACUCCGACACAGACUCCGUGUUUCCUCUGAGCCCUGCUACACUUGUAGAGCCGACUGCACAAUCGUUCGAGGCCUCAUCUGAUAACCCAGAGAGCAGUGAGCCUGAGGCCGUGAUGCUGCAGACGCCUGCUGACUUGCCAAAACCUGAUGUGAAUGGCAUUGACUUAAAGGUUGCCCAAAGUGUCCAAAAUCUGACUCAGCUGCUAUACAGCCUGCAGGCGGCGGUGACCAUCCAGGACAGCUGGUAUGAGGUCCAGAAGCUUCUCCUCCAGGAGAGCGGUCGGCCUUCGCCCCGCGCCCAGCGUCCGCACCUCCCGAGCCUCCGGGUCAACACCCUGCAGGAACAGGAAAAGCAGCGGAACCUGGAGAAGCGGAAGGAGGAGGUGGCGGCGGCUCAGCGGCUCAAGGACCGUCUGCGCCAAGACAAGGAGCGCUGGGAGCGGGAGUGCCAGGCCAGGGAGAGCCAGCAGGAGGAGCAGGAGAGCAGGCUGGAAGAAAGGGAGAAGCAGUGCCAGUUGGCGGUGGAGAAGCUAAGGCGCGAGAGGGAAGAGCUGGAUGAACAACUGGAGGAGUACCAGCAGAGCCUGGAGAGGCUCCGGGAGGGCCAGAGGAGCGUGGAGAGGGAGCGCGAGCGUUUGGAAAACCAGCAAAAGCUGCUCCACACUUGGAAACAUGGGCGACAGAGCAGCCUGCCUGCUGUGAUCCCUCACAUGGUCAUCCCUCUAGAUGGGCAUCAGGAUUCAGCACCAAGUCAUUCUAGAGACCACGCCGGUAACGGCUCCGUGUUUGUCAAUGAGGCUGCGUUUGGCAGCACCAGCGUCAACAACCGACACGUCCACCACAAAAGAAAUGACCCCAACGCACACAAUUGCCUCAACUCGCUCUUGGCCAGAUCCAACAGCAGACAGUCCCCUAUAGCUAAGACUCCCCACAGCCAACACUCAGGCUCCCAAGGACGGGUGCUGGGGACAGAGUACCUCUACGGCCCUGCAGGGAGGCUGGGCAUGCAGCACACCAGUGAUCACAGCUACAACGGGGGGAGCUGGUCGUCAACAGCAAGCGGAGCUGACCCGUAUCCAACGCUCCCGCAUCCCAGUGACCCUCAGCUGGACCUCAGUGAGCUGGUUUCCUUGGAGACUGACAGUGACGGGGAGGACGGCAGGGAGGAAACCAUUGUUUACCUCUGAAUGUUGAUCAAUGUCAGACUCUCAAAAGCCAACAUGGCACCUGGUGAAGGAUGAGACAUUUAUGGAACAUCAGUGCUGGACCGGGCCGGCUUCAGAAGGCAUUUCUGCUUUGUAGAUUUCUCUUUCACCAUACUUUUGUGUCUGUUUUUUUUUUUUUUUUUUUUGUAAAGUAGCGAGUUACUGGUAACACAGAAAGAGAGAGACAGAGAUAAACAAACACUCUGUCUCACAUAUGUGAUGCACCUUAGCUGGAGGCACCACUGGGUGUUCAAUGUCUCCUUUUCUGUUUUCUUUUUGUGUGUGUGUGGUCAUAUAUUGACUAUGUAGUCCCCUGCAGCCACAAAUUUUCCCGUUUUCCUCCCCUCGCUGCUUCCUACUGUCUCUCCCUCACUGCCUUUGUUCGGGUCCCACAUAUCUCGUCCCUCGAGCUCUAUAUUUAUUAAAUUUGCCACUGAGGGAGGAAAAAAAAACAUACUGCAUAUCAGGGAAGCAUCAGGCUGCAUCUCUCUUGUGGGUGAUUGUCUUGCCAUGGAGUAAACUGCCCGCUUUCAUUUAUCGGUCAGGUGCUGUUUAUUUACAAGCCGAGCAUAAUGUGGAGCACAAACAUUAGAUGUGAAGAAUGAGGAGCGACAGCGUCAGUUCCAUGUUUUUCCAGACUCACUGCCUGUAGCCAUAACUUAUUUCUCUUUUAUCUGAAGCAUGUUUGCCUUGCUAAAAGAAGUAAGCACAGAUAUGGUUUUAAGAGAGAUGUCGCAGUUGUGCUAAUAUGUCAGUUUUAUCAACGAGGAGAAAUGUAAAACUUGAGCAAAAGAAUGUUUUCCUGCAGAAUGUAAAAUGAAAUUGUAGAGGAGGAGAAGGAACUUAAGAAAAAUGCUGGCUGACAUCACUUUGAGCCCAAGAGUUAUGUUUUAGUGCAGCUCUAAGGAUGGUCAGUUAGUCAGUCAGUCCACUGCUUUAGUUUUGAGUGAAAUAUCUUAAAAACUGUUGGAUGGAUUGCUGUUAAAUUUUACAGACAUGUAUGGUCCCCUGAGGAUAAAUCCUGUUUGACAUUUGCGGCUUUGCCUGAAAUGUCUUGACAAUGAUUGGAUGGAUCGUCAUGACAUUUGGUACAAACAUUAAUAAUCCCCUCAGGAUGAAUUGUAAUAAGUGUGGCGAUCCUUCAACUUUUCAUCUUGCGCCGUGUUCAUGUCAAACAUUGUCAAGUGCUUUGGUUUAUGAACAAGUACCUGCAAAAUCAUUUUCAUUUCCACCAGCUUGGCCUCCACUUCGUGUUUAGUGCAGAAACACAACACAGUGAAUGUAGUACUUGAUAAACAUUAACAUUCUAUCACUAUUGUUUGAGCAUAUUAGCAUCUUAACACUUGAAUUUAACUCAAAGCACUGCGGUGCUUAAAAUACAGCCUCACUGAGCUGCUGGUGUGUAGAUUGUUGUUUUUCAUGUUUAUUUGUCUUUGUUUUACUUCAUAAAAAAAAUCCCAUCAAGCUUUACAGGGUGGAAAAUGUUCUGAGAGUAUUGAAGUGCUCAGAACAAUAUGAAGUUGCCUUACUGAUGCUGUUGUGUUUAAUGCUAAACUCUUACACUUGAAUAUUAAUGUAGCACAUUUAAGCUACAUAUUAUCUCUCAUGAGCAUUUUUCUGUAAAAACAUCCCUGUGCCAAUGCUUUAGGUGUCUCCUGAUGUUUUUUAUGAACACUAUAAAAGAUAAAUUGGUUUAAUUGCUAUUGUGAUUUCCCAGUAGUACAGCAAAGCAGUGGCAGUAUUCUGAUGUGAUUUUAGUGUAUAUACAAUAUGUUUGUGCUUUUAUUUAUUUAUUACAAAAGAGAUGUAAUGUUUUACUGUGCUUUGUGAAGGGUUGCAUUGUACAUAGUCAUGUACCUGUGUAAACACAUGAACAGGUGUGUUUUCUUGUUGUGAGCUCAUGCAUUACAUAUUCAGACAUGGCUGUGUUGAUAAAAUUACCUUUAAUGAACUUGGAA